CAUCAUUAAGCACCCUCGACUGACGGGUGAAGGGGUUAAAGGUUAUUAGCUUGACGUCGCCACGUGUGUUGAUGUUUUGCUACACCACAAUAAUCGGUCCUGUCGGUUCUUUUGUUACAUGUUAUGGGCAAAAGAGCAACGGGGAUUUAAUUCUUAGAUUGUAGUCAAUUUGAUGAGGGAAAAAAGCUGCAAGCUAAGAGGUCUUUGUGCAGUGUUUUCGGUCAGCCUGAGAUUAAAUGAGGAACCUAAAGUUGCUGAAGAGCUUGCAGACUUCAGAGCUGCAAGGCCUGGGUUCUCCGCAGUGUUUGUCUUCCCGAGUCGACACUGGAACACUACUGGUUGCCUCCCAGUACUCCAUCACAGAGUUCAACCCUCAAUUAGGACAGGUGGUGAGUGAGGCCUCCCUGACCGGGGAUGGUUUCCUCCCGCAGGAUGGCAGCGGCUUCUUGGUUGGGCUGCGGGACCUACCGGAAGUUGAGUCAGCGUGUUUGGCGACCGCUGACGGAGAUGUCAUCCUCUUUAACCUCAAUACCUGUCAGUUGGAGUGUGUCGGCAGUGUCGACAGCGGCCUGACGUCAAUGAGCUGGAGUCCUGAUGAGGAGCUUGUUGUUCUCACUACUGGCCAGGAAACGAUCAUCAUGAUGACAAAAACCUUUGAGCCCGUCGCCGAGUUUUCAAUUCACCAGGAUGACUUUGGUGAAGGGAAGUUCAUCACGGUAGGCUGGGGCAAGAAAGAGACUCAGUUCCACGGCUCGGAGGGCAAACAGGCCGCACAGAGGAAGGCUCAGGAAGUCCAGCCAGCUCCAGAAUGGGACGACCGCAGGCCUCGGGUGACGUGGCGAGGUGACGGACAGCUCUUUGCAGUCGGUGCCGUCUGUCCCCAAACCGGAGCCCGGAAAGUCCGAGUGUGGAACAGAGAGGGCGUCCUGCAGGCCACCAGUGAACCCGUCAAUGGCCUGGAGCAGGCGCUGUGCUGGAAACCCUCGGGCAGCCUGAUGGCGAGCACCCAGCGGCAUCCCAACAAGCACAGCGUGAUCUUCAUGGAAAAGAAUGGGCUUCUCCAUGGAGACUUCACCCUGCCAUUCAACAAGGACCAAGCCAAGGUGAAGGAGCUGCUGUGGAACAACGACUCCACCGUCCUCGCAGUUUGGUUAGAGGAUUUAACAGCAGGGGAGCACGGAGACAUCAACACAUGCGUCCAGCUGUGGACGGUGGGGAACUACCACUGGUACCUGAAGCAGAGCCUGGACUUUGGCAAAGACCCCCAGAAUGCUCCGGCGUGUAUGUGCUGGGACCCUGAGCGCCCCCUACGGCUACACGUGGUGACUCACGGGUGGGGGAUCCUCACGUACGACUGGGGCUGGACGACGGAGAAGAGCCCCGGGCUGGACGCCUCGGAUAACGCCAACGUGGCCGUGAUUGACGGAGACAAGGUACUAGUGACCACCUUCAGGCAGAGUGUGGUUCCUCCUCCCAUGUGUUCCUUUGAGCUCCAGCUGAGCUCAGCCGUGAAUCAGGUGACGUUCCUCUGCCGGCCUCAGGGGACCAAUCAGCUGGCGGCGUUCACUGUCAAUGGAAACAUAUCGGUCUUUAGCCAAGAUUUAGAAGAAAAACAUGACAAGGGCGCAGAUGGAUUCAGGACUGUGUCUCGCCCCCUACUCCUCAAAAACAUCUUCAGAGUUGCCGUCCACCAGGAGGCGCCACUGUCAUUGCGGCAUCUACUGUGGCUGCAGGACGGUCUCUUUGUAGCCAUCAGCUGCGGUCUGUUGCCCACCUCCUCCACCCUGAUGAUGCUGUGCCCCUCCCAGGACGUUGCAGACACGCUUUCCGUCAGGUCUCAGCUGGAAGUGGACGGCGUUGUGGUCAGUGUGGUUCAGUGCUGCCAGACAUGCACCGUGGCGCUGCAGCUGGAGGAUGGACAGAUCAGGAAGCUGCUCUGGGAUUGUCCUGAGCCAUCAGUGGAGGAGUGGCGUGAUUCCAGUGGGUGCAGCAUCAACUUCCCUGUGCCCUGCACUCAGACCGCCCUCUGCAGCGUGGGAGGAGAGGAGUGCCUGCUCGGCCUGACGGACAGAUCUCACCUGUACGCCGCAGACGUGGAGCUCGCCUCCAACGUAUCGUCCUUCGCCGUCUGCAACGACUUUCUUAUUGUCACAACGCACUCGCACACGUGUCGUUGCCUCCAGCUGAGCACGCUCAGUCUUAAAGAACUGCCGUCGGCUUUGGCCCAGGAUGGCGGUCAGAACGAUGAGACCUUGCGGCGGGUGGAGAGAGGGUCCCGCAUCGUCACCGUGGUGCCGCAAGACACGCGAGUCAUCUUACAGAUGCCUCGUGGGAACUUGGAGACUGUCCAUCAUCGAGCUCUGGUGUUGGCUCAGCUCAGGAAGAGGCUGGACGAUUUGAAGUUCAGAGAUGCGUUUGAGUGUAUGAGGAAGCUGCGCAUCAACCUGAACCUCAUUUACGACCACAACCCAAAGGUCUUCCUGGAGAACACGGACAUGUUCCUGACGCAGCUCAGCUCCAUUAACCACAUCAACCUUUUUCUCACCGAGCUCAGGGAGGAGGACACCACAAGCAGCAUGUACCCUCGCCCUGAGGGCAGCACCUUCCAGCAGCCGCCCGCCUCAGGGCAGAAGAAGGUGGACGUGGUGUGCGAUGCUUUACGGCGCACCAUGGAGGCGACGGAUCCCAACAAGUUCUGUCUGUCCAUACUGACGGCCCACGUGAAGAAGAGUGUUCCCGAGCUGGAGAUCGCUCUGCAGAAAGUCCAUGAGCUUCGAGCGAACCCACCUGAAGGUGACGGUAGAGUCAGCGCUGAGGAGGCUCUAAAGUACCUCCUCUUCCUGGUCAACGUCAACGACUUGUACAAACACUCGCUGGGGACGUACGACUUUGACCUGGUGCUCAUGGUGGCCGAGAAAUCCCAAAAGGACCCCAAAGAGUACCUCCCCUUCUUGAACAUGCUGAAGAACCUGGAGGUCAACUACCAGCGCUACACCAUCGACAAACACCUGAAACGUUACAGCAAGGCGCUGCUGCACCUUAGCAAGUGUGGAGAGGAGCAUUUUCCAGAGGCUUUACAGCUGGUGAAGGAACAAACGCUCUACAGCGAAGCUCUGCGACUUUACCCUACCGACAGCGCUCACUACAAGGCGCUGAGCUGUGCCUACGCUGAGCACCUGGUGGAGCAGCAGCAGGCGGAGCAGGCUGGCUUGUUGCUAUGGCGAUGCCAAGAGCCGGCCCGUGCCCUGCAGGCGUUUGCCAGCUGCGGCAGCUGGAGGAACGCCAUCUGUGUGGCCCAGCAGAUCCCGCUGCCUCCAGACCAGUUGGCUCUGCUGGCCAGAGACCUGGCAGGGAAGCUGACUGAACAGCGGCGCCCUGUGGAGGCGGCAAUGCUACUGGACCAGUACGCCAAAGACUGCGAGGAGGCCAUCUUGGCUCUGAUCACUGGCGCGGCCUGGGAGGAGGCGCUCCGAUUGAUCCACCUGCACGACAGAGCAGACAUCACCGAGACGGACCUUAAACCCGCCCUGCUUGAAGCGGCCAGCACUCAGAUGCUCUUUGUGGAGACACAGGUAGCCACCUUCAUGCGACACAGGACCCGACUGGCGUUGGUGCGGGAGCAAAAAGAGAAGGCCAGGCUGAGCUUGCUUGAUGAGGAUGGUCCAGACUGUGCGGACGCUGAGCUUUACUCUGAGGCGAGCAGUGUGAUGACAUCCUCCAAGUACUCCCACAGUAACUCACGCAUCUCCUCGAGGUCGUCAAAGAACCGGCGCAAGGCUGAGAGGAAGAAGCUGAGUCUGAAAGAAGGAAGUCCGAUGGAGGACAGAGCUCUGAUGUUCGCACUCGGAGAGAUCAUCACCACAGUGGACAAGAUGCGAGAGGAGGUGCAGGCGCUGCUCAAGGCGCUCGUCCUUUUCCACUUUGACAAGCAAGCAGAGAAGCUGCAGCUCAUCUUUGGGGAAGCUCUUUGUACGAUGGAGGAGGCCAUUGUUGAAAUUUGGUCUCAAAACCUGCAGAGCAGCAACACUCCGAUCACGGGCCCAAACUCGACAGCCAACAGCAUCAUGGCUUCUUUCCAGCAGCAGCAGACACCUGUAACGUCACAACAAGAUGUGGAAGUUUCCACUCCACCAAAGAUGAGGAGCACUGUCAAGUGGAAGCUCACCAUUUGUAAUUAGACUUUUUUUUUUUAAAUUUAAACAUGUAAAGGACAAUGACAAAUGUGUAAUAAUAAAAAUUAAGAUCUAAAUCAUAAUUAUUCUUCGUA